CUUGCUUUCUGGUGCAUGCACCGCGGUGAAUGACAGUAGAUCUGUGUUUUCAGUUGCGUCUCCCGCGGUCGGUGUUGUGAUGUUUUUGCGAUUUUCUGCGCGGAUUUCGCAAGUCUGGAAGGUGUCCAUCGUUCGCGGUGAAAACAAUUAGAGCCUUUGCGGAAUUUGUGUGAACUUAGUGUUUGUCCCUUGCGGCCGAGCUGUGCUUGUUGCUGGUUUGUGGUCGAUAAUCGGUGGCGGGCUUCCUGUGCAUGUUUUGUGUGGAUAUUUCCCGCGGGAAAAGUAAUUAAAGUUGGCGAAGGGGAAGGAGUAGCUCCGGUUGCUGCUGGUGGCCGCAUGAUAAAUUGUUUGGCAUGUGUGAGUGUCCAGGAAAAGUGUGGUGAGUAGACAGUCGGCUGGUUUCGCGUUGUCCACGCGCUUGCCACGGUCAGGCACAUUACCGCGAUCUCGCUCCAUCGCGCGGUUUAAGCGGCUGCGAGACGGAGAACGCCGUCGUGUGGUGAGUUCGGAGUGAGCCUAGUGGUGCGAAAAGGUUCGCCGUAGACUUUCGACCAUUUUGAAAAUAAAACAUGGCCGGAAGAGCUGGUUUUGAUCACGCUAGAUUUGAAACAGUUCGUGAUAUCUAUAACGGAAGCAAGUAGAUUUAUUCCACUGCGAAGUGUCCACGUUUUCAUUUUUAAAUUGAAAGAAUUGGCGGCCCAGAAAUUGUGAUUAUAUCUAAGCGCUCUUAUCUGCCUAGCUUAACAAUUUUUCGAUCCUUUCACCGAAUUUGGUACUUUUUUAUUUAUAUUUAUAAACCGAGGUUUUGGUGGCGAUCGCCCCCGAAAACAGAUGCCUACAGAACCACCAUAUACCGCUUAUGUUGGGAAUCUGCCGCAAGGUCUUGUCCAAGGCGACAUUGGAAAAAUUUUCCGGGAUUUGGAUAUAAAAAAUGUUCGUUUGGUGAAAGACAAAGAUACAGAUCAAUUUAAAGGUUUUGGCUAUGUUGAAUUCAAUACACUAGAGGAUCUGGAAAAGGCUAUUGAGUUGGAUGGACGAAUAAAAUUAGACGAUACUGAUGUUCCGCUACGUAUUGACGUAGCAGAUCAAAGAAAGAAUGAUCGGGGCGGCGGUUUUGCUAAACGAGGACCACCACGUCAAGGUGGUGGAGGCGGGCAAUUUGGACGCGGUGGUGGCGGUCGUCAAGGUGGUGACCGUGGAGACCGCGAUCGUGAUCGAGGUUUUAAUGACAAUUUUGGUCAUGAUAGAAAUCGUGGAUCUGGUAAUAGAGGUUUUAACGAUCGCGGACCAAACCGGGGCCGUUAUGGGAACUUUAAUAACGAAGAACGAAAUUUCGACCGUGGAACAAGGGAAGGAAGUUAUAGCGGUAGCCGGAAUGGUGGCGAUAGAUACAGUAACUUCAGCCGAUCACGUGGCGGGGAGCGAGAUCGCCCUCUUUCGGGCAACGAGGCACCACCAAAUCCGCCAAUGGGUGGCGGUCAACUAAAUGACGAUGAUCGACCUAGAUUGAAACUGGCACCGCGCACUGUGAAAGAGCCGAUAAAUGCGUUAGCAGACACAAAACAAGCAGCUUUGAUAUUUGGAAGCGCUAAGCCACGCGAGGAGAAGAAAGGAGAAGCAGAAGAUCAAUCUUAAGGAUGCAGAUGAUACGAGCAAGCAACAUAAAAUAAAGCAAAAAAAGAGAAAACUAAGAAAAUCCUUAAAAAGUAAUCCUUCUGUAUUUAAAUAAUAAUAUAUACAAAUAACAAGAAAUGGAGAACACAAAUACAUAUAUAUUACAAGAUAACGAGACAGGGCCCUCUGGUUAUACGAGAAAUGGUAUGUAAGAAGUCUUAUGAUAACUUAGCUAAUUGAACGACGAAAAAAGUGGUCACACUAGACGUGUGACACUCGAAGCUUUUUUAUGUAGAAAAGUGGAUAAAAAGGAACGACACACUUGGAUAUAACGUACACUAUUUGUUAUGUUGGGGUUUUACAUAUACUUUUGGGCUUGCAGCAGUUGGAUUUUCGCCGCCACAUCAACCGUACACCCCAACCGCAUUCUCACCCGCGUUUGUUGUAAGGCUUCUUGUGUAUUAGGGAAAGCAACUUGCUCAUGCUUAUCUGGCUUUUAUUUAGUGUUGACAGUCGUUUUUUUUACUUAAAUUUUGUGACAUUAAUGCCAGCCUUCUCUGCGUUGUUGCGACAGUUGUAUGAAAUCUGUAGCGUUACACACAUUUUGAUAGGCAAACCGUUAAAGAAAUUGAUAUGAAUGCUUUUAAAUAUAACUUGAAAGGAAAUGCAAGGGUGUUGAAUAUUUUUACACCAAUUUCACUCGAUGUACAGGAGAGCGAGAAUAAAAGGAUAUUUCACUUGUUUUGUUUCUAGUUUUCUUGUUUUUAUCGAUUCCGUUUGUUUCCCGCAGAAGAGAAAAGUAAUAUAUAUUGUUUUGUUCUCUCUUUCAAGUAAAUUAAUACUACAGGUAUAUCUGCGUAUGUCUGUAUAUUGUAUAAAGUAAAAGUAAUUAAUUAUUAAGAAUUAAAAUGAAAAUCUAUAAAAAAUUAGAAAGAUU